AUGGUGACUAGACUUGCGGCCUUCCUCAAGAAUGCCAGGGCCAAGGAGCCGGUGCUGGUCCUGUCCUUCACCAUCGCAGGUUUCGCUGUAAUUCUGCCCGCGUUAAGCCCCUACACCAAGUAUGCCUCCAUGAUCAACGAGAUCUCUCCCUACAGCUACCCAGUGCCACAUGAUGGGAGCAUGCCUGAUGUGCCCAGUCACCCCCAGGACCCCCAGGGUCCCAUCCUGGAGUGGCUGAAGAAAUUGUGA